AUGGUGGACAUUCAGACUGAGUGCGCCUACCAAAAGCAGCCAACCAUCUUUCAAAACAAGAAGAGGGACCUGCUUGGAGAAACUGGCAAGGAGAAGCUCCAGCGAUACUACAAAAAUAUCAGUCUGGGCUUCAAGAUGCCCAAGGAGGCCAUUGAGGGCACCUACAUUGACAAGAAAUGCCCCUUUACUGGUAAUGUCUCCAUCCGAGGGCGGAUUCUUUCUGGUGUGGUGACCAAGAUGUGGAUGCAGAGGACCACUGUCAUCCGCCGAGACUACCUCCACUACAUCAGAAAGUACAACCACUUUGAGAAGCGCCACAAGAACAUGUCUGUGCACCUGUCCCCCUGCUUCAGGGAUGUCCAGAUCGGUGACAUCAUCACAGUGGAUGAGUGCCGGCCCUUGAGCAAGACUGUGCGUUUCAACGUGCUCAAAGUCACAAAGGCUGCUGGCACCAAGAAGCAGUUCCAGAAGAUCUGAGA